AUGGCAAGUUUAAGUACGGAGGCAGUCUUCCAAUCCACCCCAGAGAAAGGACAGAUUGUCAGAAACGACGCCAUCAUCGAAGUGGCCAAUGUCCUCGCCAUGAUGUCUCGCGUGCGCGGUGACGGAUUAUACAGAACUUCGCCCGAGGACAAGAAAACGACUGGUCCGACCACCACGCUGAAUCCGAGGAAACCGGGCCAGCGAAAGAUGGUGAAAGAACAACGUCUCGACCACACGUAUUCCAAGUCGCAAAGACCCUCCUCGUUGAUGUCCAGUUUCCGUAAACCUAGGAACCUUGGAAGGGAAUUCCUAAUCGGGGAUGAUGAUCCGAGGGAGAGGACGUAUGAGGAGACCAAAGACACGGCACAACCAAGAGAUGGCGCCGCUGUUUCAACAUGGGAUUCGGAUCCUUGCUUUCCGAGCGACUCCCGUCCCGACCCGACUGAUGUCAUCACCAGUUACUCAACUUCAUCAUCGUUACAAGACCUACUUGACGCUGUCAACAAGUUAUCACGUGCUAGGACAAGCCCAUCAGUGCCGUUAUACGCUAAGAAACCGUCUCCAAAAAGACGCCGAACACCGAAACACACAGUAGUCAAUGACCUACCCAACGACGUCUCAGCGGAGGAGCGUCUUCGCCAAGUGUCGCCUGUCAAAUUUACCGAGAGGGAAUCCGUGAUCUUCAAACCGAAGACGAGACAGCAAUGUGACGUCUGCCUCAAGAUGCUGUCCACAAGAUCGACCCUCGCCGUCCACAAGAGAAUCCACUCCGGAGCUAUGCCGUAUGCUUGCUCAUUCUGCGGGAAGAAAUUCCGGGACUUUUCAAGCUAUACAAAACACGAUCGAAUCCAUACAGGGGCACGGCCUUAUUCCUGUGAUGUUUGCGGACAGGGCUUCUCUCAGAGUGGAAACCUUAAACGCCAUGCUUUGAAACUGCAUCCGGGACGCACCGGACACUUGUAA